AUGGCGGAGACGGUGCUGAGCAUGGCGAGGUCCAUGCUGGGAGGCGCCAUCAGCAUGGCCACCUCUGCCGCCGCCGCCGAGAUGGGCCUCCUCAUCGGCGUCCGCAAGGAUAUCUGGUUCAUCAAAGACGAGCUCGAGACGAUGCAGGCAUUCCUUGAGGUCGCUGAAAAAAUGAAGAAGAAAGACGUGCUCCUGAAGGUGUGGGCAAAGCAAGUGAGGGACUUGUCCUAUAAUAUUGAAGAUGGCCUUGGUGAGUUCAUGGUGCAUGUCGGAAGCCAAAGCUUGUCAUGGCAGCUGAUGAAGCUCAAAGAUCGCCACCGCAUUGCAAUUCAGAUUCGCGAUCUCAAAACAAGAGUUGAAGAAGUAAGUGCUAGGAACACCCGGUACAACUUGAUCAAGAUGGAUGCCUCCGAUGCCAUUGAUGAAGUUGAUUCUCACAUGGAAGAUAUUCGCAAUCACUCGGCUAGCAACGUCGAUGAAGCAGAACUUGUUGGAUUUUCCAAGCCUAAGGGGGAGUUGAUUGAGUUGAUGGAUGUCAAGACUAAAGGUGGUGCUGCCAAAGUGGUAUUUGUUGUUGGCAUGGGUGGCUUAGGAAAGACCACUCUUGCAAGGAAGACAUAUGAAAGUAAGGAAGAUAUUGUAAAUAAUUUUUCUUACCGUGCUUGGAUCACAGUCUCGCAGACAUUUUCCAAAAUAGAGAUGCUCAAGGAUAUGAUCAUGCAACUUUUCGGAAAUGAAGAACUGAAGAAAUGUUUGAAGGAACUUGAAGGAAAGAUGGUGCAAGUAGAUGACCUCGCUAGCUACCUCAGGGAAAUGCUACAGGAGAAGAGGUACUUAAUCGUUCUUGAUGACUUGUGGACCAUUGAUGUGUGGGGGUGGAUAAAAGAUAUUGCUUUUCCUAGUAGUAACAUCAAAGGUAGCCGGAUAAUAGUAACAACACGAGAUAUUGGCCUAGCUCAGGAGUGUGCUUCCAAAUCGCUUAUUUACCACCUUAAACACCUACAGAUAGAUCAAGCAACAAAUUUGUUACUGAAAAAGAUUGGGAAAACACACAAAGAAACUGAAAGUGAUGAAAGGAUGCGGAACGUGAUUUCCAAAAUAGUAAAUAAGUGUGGUGGUUUACCAUUGGCUAUACUCACCAUAGGAGGUUUGCUUGCUACCAAAGUGGUAGAAAUGUGGGAGAGUAUUUAUGAGCAGAUUCCCUCAGAGCUUGAGACUAACCCAAGCCUUGAAGCAAUGAGGAGGAUGGUCACUCUUAGUUACAACCACUUGCCAUCUCAUCUUAAAUCAUGCUUCCUGUAUUUGAGCAUCUUUCCGGAGGAUUUUGAAAUCAAGAGAAGACGUUUGGUUGAUAGAUGGAUAGCAGAGGGGUAUGUUACAGCUAGUGGUGGAGUGUAUGUUGGGGAUGUUGGAAUAGGUUAUUUCAAUGAGCUAAUCAACCGAAACAUGAUUCAACCAUCAAAAGUGAACAUAGAAGGAAUUGUUAAGAGCUGCCGGGUCCAUGAUAUCAUACGUGAUGUAAUGGUCUCAAUUUCUAGAGAUGAAAACUUUGUGCACCUGCUGGGAGAUAGUGAAGCGAGUAUAUUAGAGGGGAACUUCCGUCAUGUAGCAUACCAUGGUAGCAAGUGCCAAAAUAUUGGCAUGGAUUGGAGCCAUGUUCGGUCACUAACAAUGUUUGGUGAGAGACCCACGGAGCCCUCGCCUUCAGUUUGUUCAACCAACAUGAGGAUGCUUAGAGCCUUGGAUCUAAAGAAUACACUGUUUAAAAUUAGACAAAAAGAUAUCAACAACAUUGGGUUGUUGUGCCAUUUGAAAUAUGUGGAUUUUGAAGGACCUUCACAUAUAUAUGCACUUCCAAAGUCGAUACAGAGAUUACGAGGUUUGCAAAACUUGGACAUUAGAAAGAGUUAUAUAGCAGCACUGCCAACUGGGAUCACUGAACUCCAUUGUCUUCGCAGCCUUCGCUGUAGCAGAUGGAAGUUAUACGACUAUUUUGAUAAGGAUGAACCCAUGAAAUGUUUGAUGCACACAUUGUGCCUGCCAAUGCUAUGCACACCUUCAGUUGAUGCUGAUCAUCGUGCUGAACUAACUGCUGAGAUACAUAUGGCAUACUCUAGCCGGUGGUCUGAGACAGAAGGUGUGAGGAUACCAAGAGGGAUUGGCAACUUAAAGGAGCUACAGAUACUAGAGGUGGUGGACAUCAAACAAACCAGCAAGAAAGCAAUUAAAGAGUUGGGGGAUCUUAUUCAGCUAAGAAAACUGAGCAUGGUAGGUAGAGGAAGGUUUGCCGAGCAAAAACGCAAGAUACUGUAUCUCGGUGCCGCCAUAGAGAAGCUCUCUUCCCUGCGCUCUCUUAGUCUGGAUGUUGACUAUAAUGGAUCACUCGAGUGGUUGCAUAAUGUUUCAUCCCCUCCUCCCCUGCUAAAUAAGUUGAAGUUGCUCGGAGAUCUUGGAGGAAAGAUGCCCGAGUGGGUUGGAAGUAUGAAGCAUUUGGUGAAGAUUCACUUGGAGUGGAGCUACCUAAAGGAAGAUCAAGUCACGGAAAUGCUAGGAAGGCUGCCCAAGCUCAUGCUCCUCAAUCUAGGGGCGGCUGCUUACUAUGGGAAGAAGUUAGUGUUCAGAGAAGAAGCAUCUCUGAAUCUCAGAAAACUUUGCAUUACUAGUCCGGUUGACCUGAGGGAGGUGAAAUUCCAGAAGGGCGCAUUGCCCCAGAUGGAAAAGCUAGCAUUCAAUUAUGUGACGUUGGAAUCAGGGAUCACUGGUAUCAAGCACCUCCCAAGGCUCAAGAAGAUUUCACUUUAUUACCAAGGCAGAGUGGCGAACCUUGGUGUGCUGCAAGCUGAAGUGGACACACACCCCAACCAUCCCGUGCUGAAACUCAAGGAAGACUGCAGCGAGCAUGACUUGGGGAAUGUCGUCCAAGGACCUGGUGUUGCAGAAAUAGAGGAGCAAGAGGAACCAUCCCUCCUCCCACAGACUUGUAUGAUGGGGGAGAGCUCACAAUCAGAAGCGGUGGUCAUGCCGACAACGAACGUCAUCAGCAGCCAUGGUGAUCUGCUCUACACAUACAAUUCAUGCUGA